ACCAAGUAACAACCAAAUCCCCUUCCUAUAUAAACCAACACCCUUUUGCUUCUUCCCCUUCACAACACCAACCCAACGCGGUUAACCUCAUUCCUCUCCUCUGGCUUCUCCUCCUUCUUCCGCCGCCGCAACCACCACCAACCUCCGUGUCCGUUCGUUGUGAAUGGUAGAAACCCUAAGCAAUCUCGAUUUCAUGCGCUCCCUUUUCCCUUCUUCAAGGGCGAGCGCGAUUCUCCUCCGACUUUCCCCUGCUUCUGAAUUCUCCUUCGGUUCUUGCAAAGAAGGCUGGUACUACCGCUGCAUCGGCCUCGACCCCUGAGAAAAUCCUUCACCCAAACCAAUCCGAUUCAAUCCCCCAAUUUUGUUUUUCUUCUUUUCCGGAACCAUCUCGAAUUUUCGAUUCUUGGCAAUUUGUGUUGCGAUCUGAUUUUGUUUCCCGUUGUGAAUUUGUGUUGAAUUGAACGAUUGAAACGAUGUUGAUGAACAAGCAGAAGAAGAAUCUGAACGCGAAUGCGAUGAGGUUGUUGAUCAGCAUCAAUGUGCUGGGAAGCGCUGGCCCGAUUCGCUUCGUCGUGAAUGAGGAGGAGCUUGUGGCGGCGGUCAUCGACACCGCCCUCAAAUCCUAUGCUCGUGAGGGGAGGCUUCCCGUUCUCGGAACUGAUACCACCGGUUUCGCUCUCUAUUGCCCCCACGUUGGAUCUGAUGCUUUGAGUCCAUGGGAUAGAAUUGGAUCACAUGGAGCUAGGAAUUUCAUGCUAUGCAAGAAGCCACAGGGAUCUCCUGGUGUAGCAGAAUCUGCUGGAACUACACCACUUCCACGAAGGAGGAGCAGUGGGAGCUGGAAGGCUUGGUUCAACAAGUCCCUCAGCCUCAAGAUUUCUUCCCAUUGAUUGAUGGAUACAAAAUUUGACUUGUGAGGAAGGAACUGAAGAAAUAAAUUGUGAUACAUUUUGUGGUGAAAUCUACAUGGUAUCUUUUGUUCUCACGCAAGCAAGAGAACCAGUUUAGGCACUCAAACUCUUUGAGGUUUAGGUUUUGAUUGAUUUUCAUCCAAUAAAGGUUAAGUUUUGUUUC